UGAGGCGGGGAGACCGGGGCAACAAGGGAUAGAGCGCAGUCUGGAGGCCUCAGAGCUAUCGGUAGGGGCCGGUGAUGCUGCUUCAGUGAAUGGUCGGGCAUCUUGUUUCAUUCCCCAUCACCAGCUCCCCACCCAGAGCCUCCUGAGUAGCACACAGGGAAGAAGCUGCAGUGAUGGAUUGAAACCACCCCCACACUGCACCAGGCUAUACCACCACCCUGUCAGCAAAACGGAUGCGCUGAUGGAUGCUUGUUGUCGCCGAAUUGCUCCUAUCGGGUUCGCUAGCGGGGAUGUUAUAAUAGCAGCCAGCUGCUGAAGGACCAGCCGUCCAGUUAUGGUACAGUCCGGCACACUGGGGCCAUCAUCGCCAUGGAGGUGACUGGAUACCAGCGAGUGCAAUGGCGAGUAAUUCUCUGCAAUAUUCUUACUGUGCUGACAGUGGGAAUAUUGUGGGUCAUCUUUCACUGGAAGCCAGUUCUGGAAGUACUUGUUAAGUGCCAUCCCUGCCAUCUGAGCCAGUCUGACUGGGUCAUAAUCAAGGAUUCAUUUAAUCAGCAAUUCGUAGCCAAAGUUUGGACAGAAGAGGUCGAGGAUGACUGUUUUCCUCAACCAGUUGAGCCUAGUGAUGAUGAGAACCGAAUUAAUUUAGCCAUAGGAGUGCUUGAAAAUGAUUGGAAGGACACUAUUCAACUUCACAAACACGAGGAGAAAAAUGUGAUUCGUUAUUAUAUGUUUGAGGGUUUACGCUACAUUUGGAUUGAGAAGAGACAAUGUUUCUGCAAACUCAGUGUUCUUGAAGAAACACUGACGUGUGGAGACAUUCACAGGCAACAGAGGGGACUUAGCAAACAUAACCAAAAUUCAAAAAGACGGUUGUAUGGACCAAAUGUGAUUGAUGUGCCUGUAAAAUCAUACUUUAGGCUUUUAAUAGAGGAGGUGCUGAAUCCUUUCUACAUUUUCCAGAUCUUCAGUAUUAUACUUUGGAUCACAGAACAAUAUUACUACUAUGCUGGGUGCAUUCUGCUCAUCUCCGUAAUAUCUAUUGGUAUAUCCCUGUACCAGACACGCAAGCAAAGUGUAAUAUUACGGGAUAUGGUGAAGCUUACAGUCAAUUUGCGGAUCCGCAGGGAAACUGGAGAAGAGGAAAUGGUGAAUUCUCAGGAUUUAGUACCUGGUGACUGCAUUGUGAUUCCUGAAGAUGGGAUUCAAGUCCCAUGUGAUGCAGCACUCCUAACUGGAGAGUGCAUGGUUAAUGAGAGCAUGCUUACAGGUGAGAGCAUACCAGUGAUGAAGACCCCACUACCUGAUCAGGACAUGAACUAUUCACCUGAAGAACAUAAACGGCACACACUCUUCUGUGGAACUGAGGUCCUCCAAUCAAAAUCCUACAACGUGGAUCAGCAGGUGGUGGCUGUAGUGGUGAGAACAGGCUUUUGUACUGCUAAAGGAGAACUGAUCAGUUCCAUUCUGUAUCCAAAACCUCUGGGAUUUAAGUUCUACAAAGAUGCUGUAAAAUUUGUUGUCUUCCUUGCAAUACUCGCUCUGAUUGGGGACAUAUACAGCAUUGUGAUUUUAGAGAGGCAGAAGGUGUCAGUAGGACGAUUGGUGAAACGUGUCCUAGAUCUGAUCACUAUUAUUGUUCCACCUGCCCUGCCUGCUGCAAUGACUGUUGGGACAAUCUAUGCCCAGAACAGAUUGAAAAAAUAUGGGAUAUUCUGCAUUAGUCCACCACGCAUCAACAUCUGUGGCAAACUAAAGGUCAUCUGCUUUGAUAAGACCGGAACACUUACAGAAGGCGGCCUGGAUGUUUGGGGAGUUGUACCUGUGGUGAACAAGACCUUUGAGCCAAUUAUUCAUAACAUCCGGCAUUUUAGCGGUCCAAUGCUCCAUGCUCUGGCCACCUGUCAUAGUGUCACCCUUUUGAACAAUCAGCCAAUUGGUGACCCACUUGACCUCAAGAUGAUUGAAUCAACUGGUUGGAUUCUGUCAGAUGAAAUUACAAAGUCAGAUAUUGUUUCAAAAUUUGGAAUGAAAGUUGUUGCCAUUGUAAAGCCUCCGGGGUUGGAAGAACAGUCUUAUGGCAGUCAGAAACAAGAGAUGAGCUUGGGGAUUCUUCGUCGUUUUCCCUUUGCUUCAUCGCUUCAAAGAAUGAGUGUGAUCGUAAAGAAACCAGGAAAUUUGCCAAUAGAAGCAUAUUUGAAGGGAGCACCUGAGAUGAUUGCGAGUCUUUGUAUAAAGGAAACCGUUCCUGCUGACUUCUCAGAAAUGUUAAGGUACUACGCCAGAGACGGGUACAGAGUUUUGGCGCUUGCGUACAAAAUACUAAGUCAAGACAUUACUUUUGAGGCAGUACAUAAGCUAGAAAGGAAUUUUGUGGACAGUGAAAUGACAUUCCUAGGAUUCCUCAUAAUGCGAAAUAUCUUGAAGCCAGAAACGAAACCCAUCAUUAAAUGCUUGAAUCGAGCUAAUUUUCGUACUGUAAUGGUGACAGGAGACAACAUGUUAACAGCUCUCAAUGUUGCCAGGAAUUGUGGGAUGGUGGGUUUGACCGAUAGAGUCAUUUUUGCCAAUGCCUCCCCGCCCAUUCGUGAUAAACCUGCUUGUGUGAAAUUCCUGCUGUCAGAACCAGCACCAGGCCAGCAGAAUGGAGGGGAUGUAGGUAUUCAGGAACAGCCUGGGAACCACUCUUUGGAGCAGUAUUGCUAUCAUUUUGCACUAAAUGGAAAGUCUUUUGCAGUAGUUUAUGACUAUUUUCCAAAUCUGCUACAAAAGAUCCUCAUUCGAGGGACUGUUUAUGCUCGAAUGGCCCCUAAUCAGAAGACACAGCUAGUGGAGAGUUUACAGAAGUUGGAAUACAGUGUAGGAAUGUGUGGAGAUGGAGCCAAUGAUUGUGGGGCUUUGAAAGCUGCAGAUGCAGGAAUCUCGCUCUCAGAAGCUGAGGCUUCAGUGGCAUCCCCGUUCACUUCAAAAAUAGACAACAUUGAGUGUGUCCCAAUGGUCAUUCGGGAAGGACGAGCCUCUCUUGUCACAUCUUUUGGAGUUUUCAAAUACAUGGCCAUGUACAGCAUGAUCCAGUUUGUUUCUGUGUUAAUAUUAUACACAAUCAACUCUAACUUGGGUGAUUGGCAGUACCUGUACUUUGACCUGGUUAUCACUACAACUGUGGCUGUCCUAAUGGGUCGAACAGGGCCUGCGAAAGAGCUUGUGGCACAAAGGCCUGUGGGAAGUCUGAUCAAUGUUUCAAUCCUUGGCAGCCUGCUCUUACAGACCUUGUUGGUCAUACUGAUUCAGGUCCUCACCUACACAGUCACUACUGCUCAGAGCUGGUUUGUUCCUGUAAAUGGCAGUACUUCUAACAAACUCCCAAACUACGAAAACACUGCUUUAUUCUGUGUGUCUGGGUUCCAGUACCUCAUCCUGGCAACGGUACUUUCCAAGGGUCAUCCCUUCCGCAAACCUCUCUAUUCUAAUGUGUUGUUCCUGCUUUCUUUGAUUCUGCUCUAUGCUCUGAUGGUGUUUCUGACACUUUAUCCACUCCAAUUCAUCCGCCAGAUUUUGCAGCUGAUGCUCAUCACUGAUGUGAAAUUUAAAUUUUUGCUGCUGGGAUUUGCAGCAUUACACUUUGUCACUUCUCUUCUAUUUGAGAGAAUUAUAGACAGCGGUUUACUAAACAAGUGCUUACGGCCGUUGUGCAAGAAAAAAUACUCCAGAAAACUAUACAAGAGACUUGAGAAAGAACUUUGCCAAAAUUCUGCAUGGCCUCCUCUCAAUGAAGUUAUAUAUGCUGAAUCAGGAAGAGUUGAAUACUUUAAAUAACAUUCUACAGAAGCAGACAAAGGGAAAAGGGCCAGUUUUUAACAGAAAAAGAAGUCACUAAAGCUAUGAAUUUAUGCAUCUGGAAACAAAUCUGAAAUUUAUAGCCUUUUCCAUAUUCCCUGGGAGGAAAAAUGUAUAGUAGAUUUUGAAUGGACCAAGCCAGAAUUUCCCCUUUGAAUACCAUCUCCCCUAUAUGACAUAGGGAACUGUACCAACUCCAGGAAAAAUCGGCUGUUUUUUGACACUCAGACUUUUUUUUUAAGCAUCUAGUUUCCCCAGAUUGUGAGAAACAGUUCUUAAAAUUGUCUCUAGUAAAUUAUUGCAUUAUUUAUUUAUAUAUUAUGCUUUAAAAAUAUUUUUAACCAAAAAAGUAGCGGGGAAAAUACACUACAUGUUGGAUCCCAAGCUGUAUGGGUGGGGAGGUAAAUGUCUGAAGGCCUGGUUGGAAAGUUGUUUUGUAAUUCCAGAUGGGUUAACCUCAUCCAUCUGGGAAUUGCUUCAUAAACGUGUGGAUGAAUGAUUGAAGUUAAUCUUUGAGUGUUUUCCAAGCUUUUAAAAAAAUUUCUCCAAUCUAUAUUUCCUCUCCUUUCAUCUUGCAAGUGAAGUCUCAUCAGAAUAUGUUUCUUCUCUUGAUCCUACCAUCACCCAAAAAUUCGUAAAGCAGUUGGAAUGCUUAAUUUUACCCACUUCCUGUGCCCAGGAUGUUAGGGCUGAUUAGUUUCCUAACAUCAGACCAAAGAUUAAACCUGGGCCAAGUAAUUAUUUAUUUUUUGAGCUUUUAGGUGAAUAAUGUAUGCUGACUGUAGAGAUACCUAGGUUCUUGCUGAAUGAAUUCAACUGUAAAAUAGAUGAUAAAUACCAACUCUCAUUAUGCUUUAAAACCUUUGAUUACUGCAUUGUGAUGUAAAUUAAGUGCUCCCAUUUAUAGCAUAGUAGUUUAAUUAGGUUUGAACAGAAAUACCCAAUUUUUUAAAAAAUGGAUCUCUAAUUCUGGAUUUAAAAUGCUGCUUUUUGCAAAACACCAUAGCAAAGAUGACCAACAAAAAUGUAAUCAUUGUUCCAGAAAACAAGUUGUAAUUCAUUUAACUUUAUACAUAGUGUUAUGGACUGGAAUAUGUUCAAGCACAUUGAUUAGAUGAGGUUCAUUUGGCAGUGAGCAGCAUCACAGACUACAGUGAAAAAUGAAGCCUGUUACAUUCACAAUGGGAAAGUGAUCAUCACCAUUGGCAGCACUAAGUGGUGCACAAGAGAAAAGAAAACCUGAAAACUAAUGAUCUCCAAAAACAAUGUUUCACUUUAAAAGCGAACCAUACUCUACGGAUAUUGAAUGUGGCUUUGUGCUGGAAUAUUUUACAUGUCAGAGGUAUUAUAUGGCUAGUGUCAAUAUGCAAUGUAGUUGUUACUUGGGGGCUGGUUUUGCAACAGGUUAAGGCCUAAUCUUCUUUGGCUGCGUGUGUGUAAAUGGUAUCCCUCUUUCAGGUUUUGUACUUCACUUUGGGAACGAUCCUGAUCCACACUCUUUGCUGCAUUUGACCAGUGAAUACAUGUAGAAUAUUUUUUUGACUAAUACAAAAUAGUUUUUUGUACAAGUUUUUUUAAAACAAGGUGGAGAUUGUGUACAGUUUACAGGAUUUUUAUAAGCGCUCUUACAUUUUGUGCUACUUUUACAAAGAGCAUGCUUGCCAUGUAAAUGCUUUGUCAAACUGUACAUGAUUAUAUAUAAAGAUUUUAUUUCUGUGCCUCA